UUAUCUGUAUGCCAUUACCACCAAACGAACCAGGCGCCGCUGGCAAACGCAAAGAAAAACUACGUCAGCUGUGGGAUAUGCGCGUUGGACGGCGCCGGAUGUUGAGCUGGCUCUCCCAUAUAUAGGUCUCCCCUGUCCCUAUUCACUUAUGCCAGCUAUUCCUAGCCUCUGUGGCGGAUUCGCGAGUAAUAUUUGGCUCGUUACACAUCCCUGAGCCUAACGUUUGUCCACCAGACGUCAGGAUAUGUCAGUAUCUACAACCUGUGUGUAACAGAGGGUUAUCUGGUGUAUCGUGCUUGAUAGGACAACCGUCGUGAGACGCUACGGGAUACGGACAAGAAAACGUGCACGCCCUUAUAUAUACGCCGGCGGAUCGGGCCAUCAAUUCUAACUAUUUGUGAAUUCAUAGCGUCGCAAGGGAAGAGGACACCUACAAGCUUCGCGUUAGCUCCCGUCUGGAAACUCGGGAAAAUCGCUGCGUCCUUCUAUCUCCUGUAUCUCUGUUUCUCCAUCUUGUAUAAUCUGUAGACUAGAGACUGGAUAAGUACUAGUCAUGGAUGUGGUGUGGGGCAUUGUGAGCACCCUGGUGUACAUAGUCGCCGUGUUCAUUGCCGUUGAAUUCUGCUGUGGCAGGAUCAAGAAGUACUCGUCGGCGAAGCGGGAAGAGGAGGAGGAGGGAUCGGGAAGGAGGGAGUCUGCCACCGCCGCGACGACAGACGACGUCCCGGGAGCGACGGCAUCGGCGGAAACAAGCGCAGAGGCAGAGGCAGUGGUGGAAAAACCUUCAUCUGAUGAAGAACGGAUACGAACAGCUGCAGACGAUGCUUCGGAGGUUCCGCCAGAACCGGAAGUCACAAUCGACAUCCACAAGGAGCCUCCCAUGCCGGAAAAGGCGAUUCCGGACAUCAUUCCGGAACCGGAGAACAUUCCGGAACCAGAAAGUAUUCCGGAACCAGAGAAUAUUCCGGUGGACGUACACGUUAAGAAUGAAGAAGAAACGCUAGAAACAGUGCCAAAGGAACCAAAGAUACAGCAGGUCGUUGAACCGGAAGUAGAGGAGGUUGAACCGAAGGUAGAGGAAAUUGAACCGGAAAUAGUGGAUGUUGAACCGGAAGUAGUGGAGGUCAAACCGGCAGUAGUGGAGGCCGAACCAGAAAUAGCGGAGGUCGAACCGGAAGUAGAGGAGGUUGAACCGGAAGGAGAAGACGAAGGUGACGCAGCCGUCGCGGCCACCAAGAUCCAGGCAGGGUUCAGAGGUCACCAGAGCAGGAAGAGGGUGAAGAAGCUGAAGGAAGAGAAGGACGCAGCGACCAAGAUCCAGGCGGGGUUUCGCGGGUGGAAGAGCAGGAAACAGGUCAGCGUCAAGAGGAGGGGCGCACCGGGCGUAGAAGUGGAGGCAGACGAUCACCUAACAGAAGAGCCACCAGCGGCAGUCACUGAGGAAGACACGUCACUGUCCAUGCCUAGUGACGUCACAGAACAACACGUUGCCAAGGAAACGGCGAGCGCGAUAGAACUUCCUCCUGCAAUGUUCGCAGCCGACAUGUCGCCUGUUGAGGAAACCGCGCCCGAGGUUCCAUCUCCAGUAGUAGAGUCAACCCCAACAGAGUUGUUCGCCAAACAACCGGAUGUUACACCUCCGGCUUCCCCGGAAGUGACGCAGCCGGAGAUUGCCGAGACGCCGUCCCCGACGGAAGCCGAGUCGCCCGAGACCUCGUCACCCGAGGAGAUCUCCCCGGCGCCGUUCUCUAAGCCGAUUCCACCGACUCCGCCGCCAACUCCGGCCGACGUGGACCUGUUUGCCGGUGGUACCGAAGCAACCGAGCCCACCUCGGGUACAGACCCCGUUCUGGAAGGAGGAGAGAUUGUCUUAGGAGACGUGGAACCGGCCAUGGUCAAGGCUGUCGCGGAAAAGCUGGACGUGCUGGAGAAGGAAACUGUGGAGGCGAGUGAGAAAGUUCUGUACCAGCCCGGUACCGAGGUGUCGUUCGUGGUGGCGCCUCCUCCUCUACAGCCGGUCUCCAUGGAAACCGUUGCUAUGGAGGAGACGGAUUCGUCACCGGAUUCUGCUGAGCAGUCGCCAGUAACAGUCGUCGAAGCGAAGACGUUGAUAAAACAGGAGAGCGAAGUUUACCCCUACGUCGAGGAGACACAGACCUCCGAAGAGUUCGAUCCAGAGAGCCUCAUCGCUCAGGCGGUUUCGUCCAAGUUCUCCUCAUCCGCAGCAGCAGCACCGGAAGUCGUGGUGACGUCAGAGAGAACCGUCACCAUGGAGACGGGUCCCGACGGGAAGACGACGCAGACCGUCGUCAAGGUGGAGCACACGGUCGUCAAGGAGAUCACUACCGUGGUGACGCCCAAAACGACGGAGGUCGUCACCACCGAGGAAAGAACUGCGACGUCUGUGUCAAGUGACGACCGCAGCAGCGAGGAGCAGGUUACCGUCGUGGAGGCUUCUGACGACGACACUUUUGAAGAGUCCGGUUUAGAGCAGCAGCAAGGGGAGAUGGGGAUGAUGAUGAGAAGUAGCGGACCAAAGGACAAGGGAGCCCAGCUGGACCGGACCGGAGCGUCCUUCACGGACAAGUGGGAACCGGAGCCGGGUGACCUCCCACCCCCAGCCCCGUUUGGUGAGAGGGACAUCUCAGUACGUAAGGAUGCAAAAAUAGCCGACCACUAUCACUUACGGGAAGUCUUGGCCACGGGAAGAUUUGGGGUAGUAAAAAGAUGUGUGGAGAAGAGAUUAGGCCUGGUGCUGGCAGCAAAAACCAUCAAAAUACACAGUCCACAAGACAGAAUUGAUGUCAGAAUGGAAAUCGACGUCAUGAAGGGUUUGAACCACAGAAAUCUCCUCAGAAUUUACGACGCCUUCGAGACAAGAAAAGAGAUGACACUAGUCAUAGAAUAUAUUGCCGGCCACGAGUUGCUGGAGAGAGUAUUAGACGACAACUAUCACCUGACAGAGAAGGAUGGAGUCAUGUUCAUGAGGCAGGUGUGCGAAGGUGUGCGGUACAUGCACGCCAACGGGAUCAUUCACCUGGAUCUCAAGCCAGAAAACAUCAUGUGUGUUGACACAAAGACGAACCAUGUGAAGAUCAUAGACUUUGGGCUGGCCAGAAGACACAAUCCAAAGAAACUUCUCCAGGUAGCGUUUGGAACCCCGGAGUUCUGUGCACCUGAGAUUCUGAACUACACCAACGUGUCCUAUAUGACGGACAUGUGGAGUGUGGGAGUCAUCACUUUUGUGGUAUUAUCAGGGCUGUCCCCCUUCCUGGGGGAGGACGACACGGAAACAAUGAACAACGUCGUCGAGUUCUGUUGGGACUACGAAUUCGAGGACGAAGAGUGGAAUGAUAUCUCCACCGAAGCUAAAGACUUCAUCUCAAAACUGUUGGUGUACAACCUGGGGUAAGU